UAUAAGCUACGUACGAAAUCAAAACAAACAAAAUAUGGAGCUGUUUUCAGCGCUUGGUGUAUUGGCGACGUGACCUAAUUAUUAGUUUUAUGUAGACGUCUCAUCAGAUCCGCUGGACACAUCGGACAUUGUUGUAUAACGUGUAAUGUGCCUGAUACUUCAGUAUAAGUUGUGAAUAUCGAAUGUGUGAUGAUCUCCAUAUGCCGUAAUGGACAACGAUCUGAGCCCACAGGAUAAAAAGGACCUGGACAAAUUUAUUAAAUUCUUUGCAUUGAAGACUGUGCAGGUGAUCGUUCAAGCUCGCCUAGGAGAGAAAAUAUGCACGCGCUCAUCAUCUUCACCCACUGGCUCAGAUUGGUUCAAUCUAGCCAUCAAAGAUAUUCCUGAAGUGACGCAUGAAGCCAAGAAAGCUUUGGCCGGACAGCUACCCAGCAUUGGGCGCUCCAUGUGUGUGGAAAUCUCACUCAAGACGUCAGAGGGGGAUUCCAUGGAACUUGAGACAUGGUGUCUUGAAAUGAAUGAAAAGUGUGACAAAGACAUCAAAGUCUCUUACACGGUUUAUAACCGCCUUUCAUUACUCCUAAAGUCAUUGUUGGCUAUUACAAGGGUGACCCCAGCCUAUAAAUUGUCUCGAAAGCAAGGCCAUGACUAUGUCAUUUUAUACAGAAUAUAUUUUGGAGAGGUUCAGAUGGCAGGACUUGGAGAAGGAUUUCAAACUGUACGUGUUGGAGUCGUUGGCACCCCCAUAGGCACGAUCACACUGUCUUGUGCCUAUAGGACAAACCUGGCCUUUAUGUCUACACGGUGUAGAGACUCACAAUUUGAAAGAACAGCCCCCAUCAUGGGCAUCAUCAUCGACCACUUUGUUGAGCGUCCCUUUGGAAAUGUUGGCCACAUGCAUCCAUGCAACUACAGAGCUCCCGGAGAGGAGGAAGGGGGGGCUUAUGCAGGGGUGGAGGAUUCCCAGGAGGUGUGCACCACAUCUUUCUCCACCUCUCCACCCUCUCAGUGUGUGCUCACUGUAAGUAAGGCCCAUUUAAAGACGCCUAAACCUGUUCUGAUGGACACUCUGAAGGUCCCGGUGAUGGGCUUGGGCUUUUCACACCAACUCUACAGCUCUCGUCUGUCCUAUCAGCCACCCACUCUGGGAGCAGCCGACCUUUGUCAUCCUGCCACCUGUAGUGCGGCCCAUCCUCACCAGAUGGCAGUGCCUGGAAAGGAGGGUGGUGUCCCCCAGGUGCCCAUGCAGCCCUAUCACGGUGCCCAGGCAGAACAUGGCCGAAGGCCCUCCUGCCCCUCCUCUGACACGGCCCAUCAUAUCCCUGCUACCCCUUCAAGCAGUGGAGAAGAUGCAGAGACAUGCUCCAGGAGCAGUGACCUGAAGAGUGCCUCUCCGUCAGACACCUUGGAGACAACAUUCACCCGCAAAGUGGGAGCCUUUGUCAACAAGCCCACUACACAGGUAACAACCGCCAGUCUGGAUUUACCAUUUGCAGCAUUUGCACCCCGGGCCUAUGACCUAGAGGAGAAUGACCCCAUGGUCCACCCACCAGACUCUCCAGCCACAUCCUCACCUCUGCAAGGCAGCCUGCAUUCCCAGGGAUCCAGUGAGACUGGAGAGCAGGCACAGGAGGACUUUGUUAUGGUGGAUUUUAAGCCAGCUUUCUCCAAGGAUGACCUCCUGCCCAUGGACUUGGGCACAUUCUACAGGGAGUUCCAGAACCCCCCACAACUGGCUAGUCUUACCAUAGAUGUCAGUGCACAAUCUAUGGCAGAAGAUCUUGACUCACUUCCAGAGAAGCUGGCUUUAUAUGAAAAGAAUAUUGAUGAAUUUGAUGCAUUUGUGGAAACCUUACAGUAGGGCCACAAUCAACUGUCACUGUCAGCUCCUCUUCCAAAUCUGCCAAAAACUACAGUCAUUUGUAAACUCUGUAGUAGGGUUUUUUAAACUUGUCCCAGUUUUGGUCAUAUAAUGCAAGACCUCCAGUUGAACAAUAUCGUUGUAGACAUGUAGAUAUUUCUGAAACAAUGAAUGUGAGCUGUGAGUGCACAUUGAGUUGAUAACUUACAAGGAUAUUUGUUUAAAUGAAGAGGGAUAAUACACCGAUUCUUGAUUAGGGCCAGAGAUUCUUGAUUAAAAUCAGUACCAUUACAGUAUAUCUCAUCCUAUCCAACAGCAUAAAAUAUUAAAUGGAUGUGUUUAUUCAUCCUUUCUGAGACAUCUCGACAAAAUUAUAUGAAAGAAUAUAUGUUCAUUGCACUAAACACUAUUGCAAUGCCAGCCCGUAGACUAUUUGCAAUGCUUAAACUUAAGUGAAAAAUAUCAGUUGUGUUAAAAGACUGUCCAAAACUUCACAUCAUGCCUAUAAUGAACACUAGUGUACAUUACUAAGAGCUUUGAAUAGGCUAGUUUGUGAUUGUUCACGUCUAACCUGCUUUUGUAAUCAGAGAGAAAAAACGUUGAAGGUGUUUCCAUGUUGUGUGCUUUUUGUAUGUAAUUAAAGAGGGAGGGAAAUCACAAAUGUCUGUCAGAUUUAGCUCAGCUAGUGUAAAUCGUCAUUUACCGUUUCAUGAUGCUAAAGUGCACAUUAUUAUAUUCUAUCUUAGACAAUUCAUUUGAAUUCCUAAAUAGGGCCCACUGUAUGUUCACCUAGACAAUUCCUCUGGCUCUCUCCUGCCUUGUCAAUAUAGCAUGUACAUGUUGUGUAAUAAAUUGUUUUAUUUCA